ACCCAGAAACAGGCAACCUGCCUUACAAAAAGCGAGCCCAUCGCCGUGUGCCAAGUCGAAACGUAACUAACCAACCGCUCCACUUCCAUCCAGCGCGCCACCGCCACGUCGACACGUCGGAAACCCAACCGCCAUGGAGGUGGCCUCCCUCUUCCGCACGCCGCAGCCGCACCACCUCGCCGAGCUCCGCAUCGAGGGCGCGGACCGGUCGCCGGUCGCCUUCUCCGACCCCUGCGGCGUGGGGCGCAAGCGCCGGUGCCUCUUCCCGGCCGCCUUCUCCCCGCGCAAGAGGAUGCUGCUGGAGCUCCCGCCCUUCACCUCCGCGUCGGGGAGCGCCGUGGGGGUUCUCCCGUCGGGGGCCCCGGCGGCGACCGGCGGGAGCUUGUCGUUCUCGGCUGUUCCGGAGAGGAUGGUUGCGCCCACGGCCACGGGGUCCAGCGGGAUCGGCGGCGGCGGCGGCUUCGCGUUCUUGGCAUCGCCGAGGCAGCCGUUGACGCCCAUGGGAUCCACCGCCAGUAACGGCGGCGGGUCAGGGUUCUUGGUUCAUGAGCUGUCGUUGUACCCCACCCCCAGGGGCUCCAAUGGCGGCGGCGUCUUCGCGUUCUUGGCGUCUCCGAGUUCGGCGGGAAGGAGCCCCAACGACGGCGGCGGGUUCACGCGAUUCCUUUCGCCAGGGCCGGAGCGCACCGCCAGCGACACCACCCGCAGCGGCGUCCCGUUCUUGGCUCCUCCGAAGCCGGCGCUCGGGCCGGCAGGUUCGCCACCGUCUCCGGCGGCUAAGGAGCCGGCUCCUGCGGGAUCCGGCGAUGGUGGUCUCGUCGUGCCGCCGUUCGCCAUCCCGGGCCUGCAGAAGUCGGCGCAGAAGCCCCCGAGCGGCAGCCUCUGGUCACGGCGCCUCGCCCACGCCGCAGCCGAGGGCCAUACGACCCAUCAUCCUCGCGACGAGCAGCUGCAGAUCACCCUGCCGCCGAAGAAGGCCACCAAGACGGAGCCCCCAGCCGUCAUCGCCGACCCCUCCCUUGGCGGCGCCACCCCGCCCGCGUCGACGGACACCCCGUGCUGCAGGUUCCUCACCCCGCCGGCGAAGGCGAGCGACCAGGAGCGGGAGGUGGCCGGAGAGCGCGCCUCCAAACCGGCGGACGCGGCCUGCACCGGCGGCGAGCUGGUGGUGAGCGUGACCUGCUCGUGCGGUGCCCGGGAGGAGUUCUGCUUCGACCACCGUCACUGAUAUCCCACCCAUGGGGAGGCGUGGACGCAUCCCCACCGUCGAUUCCGCACUUGGCCGACGGAUCGCGUUGCUCCAUUUCUUUUUGAUUCUGUGAUGAUUUUUCUCUCUUUUUUAGCCUUGAGCUGCUGCCUUGAGACCGGAAAAAUUAUCUGCUAGGCUCCUUCUCUGUACUUUGAGUUGCAGACUCGGUUGAACAGAACAGUUUCGUCAGUGUUUCUUCUGAUAUGAGAAUUUAUCAUGCUUCGUUGGGGGUUUGUUUAGUUUGAACUGUGGUAAAUCUUUGGUGGUUUGUGGUGUUUUUUUUAAAUAAAG